AAUAUCUGACUCAUAUAAUUACGUAUGUUGGCAAUCACGACUGGACGAUAAGCAUAUAAUAUAACACUACAUAAUUAUUUGUACGAGUAUGAUCUAUCAAUCGAUUAACGCAUUCUACUAUAGUACAUCGAGUUGUAUUUUUUCAAAAAAAAGUUGCUUGAAUGAAAAUCGUUUUAAAAUAUUAAAGUUUGAUGUUUUUACAAAAAUAUUAAACAUUCAAGUUUGAUAACUUUUUUUUUUUUUUAUCAAUCUGUAGUGCGCAAAAGAAAAUUUACAAUGGUGCCCUAGCUAGUGGCGGGUACGCAUUUAUCGACCGUUGAAGAGAGAACGACAGUGCGGAGUCGAAAUAAAUUAUAUAUAAUAAAAAGUUAAUACUCGUAUGUCGGUCACGAUGAAUGUUGUCGGAUUGCUCACACUAUUGUUGGUCACUCAACUAUCCGAUGGUAAAAUCGAUGGAAAUUCCUCGGUGGAGAUUGAGCACUGUCAAAUCGACCGUAUUCCUGGCGUAGGAAUCGCGGACGACGGUCUGCCGGGCCCGUGGAUAUCGGAUCUCUUUCACCGAGCGCUCUUCAAUUUCUCAAUCAAACAUGUCGGCAGCUCUGCUUGCAGGACUCAAUCCGACAUGUACGACAGACAUUUGCAGAAUCAUACCAGUUGGGCAGUUAGAAUGUCGGAAUCUUGGAACCGAUAUCCGAUCGGCUUAUUAGCAGGCAACAGGUAUGAUAUGGGAAUUUACGACGAAUGUGUUGACGUGGGUUAUCCGGUGAUAGGACAGUAUUGCUUGUCUGAUAUAAAACUAAAACCAUUGGCAGCCAAAGAUUACAGUUUCAACAGAACGCUGGAUCUAGAUGAUUUCGGGAACAAAAAUGCCUGGAAAACUGUACUUGGAUGGGGUGAUUAUUUGGAUAAAGUGCAUCGAAAUGGGUUGAAUUUAGGAAUAUGUAUUCCAAAUUCAUGUUCGGCGUUAGACCUACAGACUUCAAUGCAAAAUGAACUAGACAGGGUGUUCUCUCCAGAAGGGAUCAAGGCCAUUGUCAGAGUGGAUCCAAUAAUGUGCACAAUCGGGGGAGACAUGUAUCCCUAUGAUAAAAACUUCUAUUUCACCAGCAUAUUUUUGUUAAUGCUUGUUUUGAUUUGUUGUGGAACAACAUUGUAUCAUUUCAUAAGAAUAUCAUACAAUAAAAAUCCAAAAGAAACCCCCAAUGAAAGUGUUGGUUUAUUUUGCGAAACAUUUUCAUUGAUUAAUUCAAGCAAUGGAUUAUUAAAAUUCGAUAAGAACAACGAAUUGAAUUCAUUGUAUGGUUUUAAAGUAUUAAUGAUGAUGAUGAUUUUAUUAUGUCACAGUUUAUUUUAUUCAUUCUCAAAUCAUCCAUUCAAUCCUAAAUUUGUAGAAAGUAUAUAUGUAAAUGGACCAGAUAGUUUAUUAAUUUUGGGAAAUAUAGUCGAUCCGUUUUUUUUUGUAAGCGGAUUCCUUAUGUACCUGAAUAUGUCUAAAUCAUUUCAAAAAUCUGAAAACGGAUUAAAAAAAAUUAUUUCAGCAAUCAUCAACCGUAUGUUGAGAUUGUUACCGGCGUAUUGCAUAAUGAUGGCAAUCACAUCGCAUAUCUUACCACAUCUUGGAAACGGACCGCUGUGGCCAAAGAUGAUAUGGGAAGAAUCUGAAAUUUGCAAAAAAUAUUGGUGGACCAAUUUGUUGUUCAUAAGCAAUUUUAUUGAUAUUAAAUAUGGAUGUCUCAUAGUAAACUAUUAUGUGUCUUGUGACGUUCAGUUUUUCAUCAUUGGAGUCAUAAUUGUUUACGCUUACAUGAAAAACACUAAAUACGGAAUCAGAUUACUCGCUUCGAUACUGAGUUUGUCGUUAUUCGUACCGUUUCUAGUAACGUUUUUGACGAAAAGAUUUGGAAUAGAUAUGUUAUAUAUUACUUAUAUAGAAAACUUUAGAAUUUUCAUGUCUUCAAAUAAGUCGUACAGAUUAAGUUAUAUGCGAGCCACACCGUUCUUUAGUGGUUUAGCUACGAGCAUUAUCGUAGAAAAGUUGAAAGAAAAAAAAGUAAUACUUUCACGCAUCACAGUCUAUGGCGGGACUUUCAUUGUUUUCGUAAUUUGUAUUAGUGCUCAGCUUUAUGGUACUAAAUUUUACACUUGGCAGAGACAUUAUUAUCCGUUGGAACAUGCUCUGUACAAAGUCGUCAAUAAUUGUACGUUGACGGUAUUGUGCAUGUGGUGUUUCAUUUGCUUUUUCACGUUUGGAUAUUAUGGCCCCUUUAGACAUGUACUCAACAACAGACUUGUAAUGGUUUUGGGAAGACUUUCGUAUUCAGUUUUUAUGGUAAACAUCACUGUCAUUAUGGUGUCUCGGAGUUCACUAAGAUUGCCGUCUUACCUUUCGGUAAAAUCCUUGACUGACAAUUGGAUAACGGAUACAUUUAAGUGUUAUCUGAUUGCCUUACCAUUAUACUUAGUAGUCGAAGCGCCAUUCAAUAAAAUUAUUAAACGAUGGAUUAGACUAGGGUAA